AGGGUUUGGUGUAAGGGACGCUGCCCGACCGCUGCCGGUUCCGUUUCUUUCCCUCUCCGGGCCUUUCCCUGCCAUCGCCCCGUUCACGUUGGAUCAUGUUCAAGAAAUUCGAUGAAAAGGAAAAUGUGUCCAACUGCAUCCAGUUGAAAACCUCAAUUAUUAAGGGUAUUAAGAACCAACUGAUAGAGCAGUUUCCAGGUAUUGAACCAUGGCUUAAUCAAAUCAUGCCUAAGAAAGAUCCUGUCAAAAUAGUCCGAUGCCACGAGCAUACGGAAAUACUUACGGUAAAUGGCGAAUUACUAUUUUUUAGACAAAGAAAAGGGCCUUUUUAUCCAACUCUAAGGCUACUUCAUAAAUAUCCUUUUAUCCUGCCACACCAGCAGGUUGAUAAAGGAGCCAUCAAAUUUGUACUUAGUGGAGCAAAUAUCAUGUGUCCCGGUUUAACUUCUCCUGGAGCUAAGCUUUACCCUGCUGCGGUCGAUACAAUUGUUGCAGUCAUGGCAGAAGGAAAACAGCAUGCUCUGUGUAUUGGGGUCAUGAAGAUGUCUGCAGAAGAUAUUGAGAAAGUCAACAAAGGAAUUGGCAUUGAAAAUAUCCAUUACUUAAAUGAUGGGCUGUGGCACAUGAAGACCUACAAAUAAGCCUCAGAAGGAAUGCACUUGGGGGGCUAAAUAUUGAUAUUGUACUUUAUAUGUGUUUGUGUGUGUGUGUGACAGCGUGAAGACAAUACCUCUGUGGUUAUGCUAAGUAAAUUUAACAGAUACUUGAAGGGAAAAAAAUCAGGGUGCUGUUACCACAGUGGAGAAAACAGAAGUUGGGGGACAAGCAGUCUGCUACACUCUGGAAUCUGAAAGGAGCAGCUGCACUCUGUGACUCUGGGCAAGCUUCAUCUCCUCUCUGGGCUCCCUUAUUUGCAAGUGAUCAAGAAUGGCUCUGAGGAUGUCUGCCAGAGGGCCCCCCUACAAGAGCAGCCUUGGGGACUCCUUCCCGCCUUUUCUCCAGGCCUCCAUCUCUCACCUUCUUCUUCCUGCUCUGCUAGUGAACUAGAACUGCCAGCAAACUUCUCGAUUCCUUUGGCGGCAAAGUAGAAAGGUUCCAGAAUGAACUAGGACCUUGCUAAAAACCUGGGCUCAAAGGCAGCUGGCAUUGACUGAGCACCUGCUGUGUGCCAGGCAUUGUGCUGAGUGCAUUGUAAGGACUGUCUUACUUACUCCCCACAGCAGCCCUGUGAGGGAGGUGCUGUUAUCACCUUUUCACGGAUGAGGAAACAAGCUCAGAGAGGGAACUGCCUCCCCAAAGGUUACCCAGCCCCAGCUACAAGUGGCAAGUCCUGUACUUUCAACACUAAGGACCACCUCCCACUGACCCUGCACCAGGCUUGUGUUCUCUCUGGGCCUCCGUUCCCUUCUCUAGGAUAUUGGAGGAGUUGAGGGUGGCUCCAGUGACCUCUCUCCCCUCCUAAAACUCUUACCGAUCUGAGGCAGGCGAGGCUUAGCCCCCUAGCCUGUGGGACUCUGACAGUGCCCACAGCCAUGCCCUCCUGCGUCCAGGGGCUGACAGGUGGGAGGG